CCGGAGCAUCGUCUUGUGGAGCACCAACUAACGUCCGUUGACUUUUCUGGUGGACAUGAACGCGCUUUUUGACCGCUUUCACAACUUCAUCCUGCCGUUAGUGCGAGGGGAGGACCGUGUCUGCGCCUGCACCUGUGGAAGGCAUCAAGUCUAUCAUGUCGUUCCCUAUGAUGGGGCUCCAUCCACGGUGGACUCCAGAGAAAACUAUGUUGAAAGUGACAUCAAGACCCAGCAGGAGAUGAAUGUGAUAGUUGGACUGCUCUUGGGCUUCUGCAUCAUCGUGCUCUUUUGGUGGUUGUAUAAGAUCUCACACUCACAGCUCAAACACUGGAGGGAAAACCAAAUAACUGAUGUAGGUUUCUGGUCAUUGAUUCCCAAAUUCAGUAACACAAAGGAGUUCUUCAGGUGGUUACAUCCAAAUCACACCGAGGACUGCGGGGUGAACAUGCUGCACAGAGAGCAAGAUGUGUGCCAUGAUGCUAAAGACACAUGAAGAUUAAAAAAAUGAUUAAAUUCAGCAUAUACUGUGUUCGUGUGCUGUUUCCUUUUAAAUAACCUAAUUGAGUCCAAAUGCAACUUUUUUUUUUUUUUUUUUUUUGCUAUUUUG